AUGACGCUCAAGGACUCAGGACGGCCCUUUGGCCAUAAGCGAGUGGGAGCUGUAGCCCAUGCCCAGACUCCUGCCUCUGACCAACCCCCACCCCGGCCUCAGCCCCAGCUACGCUAUGUGGCUCUCCCCGCGGGACCCCGGACUCUGGCUGGAAUUGAAGCUUUCCGUUGCCAUGGCUCCGCCUACAACAAACUGAGGCCGCGGGGCAAGUUGCUAGCGUGGGCCAGACAGUCCCUCCCAGAAGAUGCAGGAAAAUAUUUUGACAAAGAAACCAGAGUCCUGCAGGCACCCGUAACAAUAAGAGUGGCUGAUCAGAAAAGGCCGGUGCAUUUUAUGGUCCAUGCCAUCGUCACGACAACCGACUUGGAAAUAGAACCCAAAGAAGUGAAUUUUGGGUACUGCACUAUCUACGAAGCUGUUUAUGCAGACAUCACACUCAUUAAUAAAUCCUUCCUCCCUCAGGAGUAUGGAUUUACCAAUUUGCCACAGUAUGUGGAAAUUCAGCCUAAUGAUGGGUUUGGAACUAUCCUGCCUUUGGAGUCGCUACCUCUCAACGUUAUCUUUAAACCCCACAAGGCGAAGGAAUAUAACUUCCAGCUGGUUUGCAUUACUGAAAUUAACAGAGCAUUUACAUUGUCGUGCAGAGGCAUCGGUGUCCACCCACCGUUGGAGCUGUCCCACUACCGGAUCAGGUUUGCAGCCACGGCUUUGUUCGACUCAUCCGUAGCCUCUCUGUACGUGAUCAAUUCCCACACGAGCAUGAAUUCUCUGACUCACGCAGUCCCCCGAAUUGGUUUGGGGGAAGUCGCACCUGUGGGACCCACAUCUUUUGAGUUCCUUUUGCCACCAAAUGCCCCCAUCAAGAUCAUGCCCUCGGUGGGAACUCUGCUACCAGGAAAGAGAUGCAUGAUCCAAGUGGUUUUCUCCCCAACCCUGUCGGAGACAGUGAUUAAAAAAGAAGUCGAGAACGAGAAACGUGAAACUAGGAGUCUCACCAAUGAGGCACAGAAGAUAAGCCAAGGAGGCCAUCCCCUGCCAGGCUCAGGGACUCUCGGAAUGCAAGAUAUGAGGGGGAAUAUUCUGCAGCACUACCAUGUCCUCCCCAAAAUGCCUGGCUUGUUUUGUUCCAGCUCAGAAGAAUACUACAUUGCAAAAUCCACUCUGGUGAAUUCUUUCAAAAGCGAAUUUACAAAAUACCUUAUACCGUGCAUCAUUGCCAGUGGAGAUGUUGCCAAAAACAGAGAAGCAAUGAUAAAGAAUUUCAGUCCUCAUAACACACUCUACCUGGAAUUAUACUGUGCCACAGUGGCUCCUGCAGUCAUAGUUGCUUCCCACCAAGGGAUGACCGUGUUCAACUUUGGAGAAAUUGCCGUCGGUCACAGAGAUAUCAAAAGGAUCACGUUGCAGAAUGUCUGCCAACACCCACUAGAACUGGAGUUCUCCAUCCCGAAUCCCUUCGGUCCCUUUAUCCUGCUGUGUCCUUGUCGUAGCCUUGAUCCUAAUCAGAAAGAAGACUUUGCAGUAUCAUUCUCUCCCCGAGAGAAUUCCCUCUUCUUUGAAAACCUGGAAAUCAUGACAAACAAGGGGACCCUCACCCUGAGCCUGCUGGGCAAAGGAGUGGCAUCCACAAUUGCCUGCUCUAUAGAAGGAGACUUCCUGAAUGUGGGAUAUGUUAUUGCUGGAGAAAGUGCCACAAUGGUAUUUAAACUUCAGAACAACUCAACGCUCCCAAUCAAAUUCUCGCUCUUACUGGAGAGCCUCUCCCUGAUGAGAAUCAAGGAGCAGCAGCAAAUACCAAGUUUUGUCGAUAACACAGCAACAAGGACCAACAUCGUUGGCACCCAGAACUACAGCGGGCAGAGUGUGUUCAGUGUCUCCCCGAUAGAAGGAACGAUCGAACCAGGGAAGACUCAGGACUGUACCCUGACCUUCAGCCCGGACCACGAGAGCCUUUACUACUCGGACAAGCUGCAGGUGGUGUUGUUCAAUAAGAAAAUCUCCCAAGAGAUUCUCUUGAAAGGGGCCGCCAGGGAACACAUGAUGUUUGUGGAAGGAGGGGACCUGCUGGAUGUGGCUGUGGAGUCCCUGGCUGUCAUCCCUCCUUUGUCCGAGGAAGAAAUAAAGGAAGCCGAAGUGAACAAAGCCAUCAUCCUGACCCUGGAAUACAAACAGAUGGAUUCUUCUGCAAGCAUCCCUGCCACCCGGGAGCUGCAAGUGGGGUGCAUCCGCACCAACCAGCCCACGCAGAGAAGGAACAUCGAAUUCAGCAUGGAAAGCAGCUACCUUCUGCAGCAUAAAGGCUUCACGGUGGAGCCCACCCGAGGAAUGGUGGAGCGCGGCCAGACGAAGACCAUCAAAGUGUCGUGGGUGCCCAUGGCGGACUUCGACCCUGAUCAACCACUUGUGACCACCAGCCUCCUGGUGGUCCGGGGAGACGUGAAGGAGACCUACAGGAUCGUCUUCAUCGCCCGCGUGGUCUCCGAGUGGCUUCUGGGUGAUAUACCCACCUAGAAACGUAGGUGCCGCCAGGGCCCCCAAGGCUCCCCCACCCGGAGAUGAAGAGCCAGCAGCAGCCAGGAGGUGCCCACAGGAACCCUGGACCCGCCCCUAGUAGCCUUAGACAGUGACUCCCCUGGAGUUCUCCCCACAGGCCCUUCUUUUGACAGAUGCAGCUUCCGAUGCCCACUGGGGAACCGUCCCUGAAUCAGGAGCCGCCAUCCAGCCCCACCGUUACUCUCCCUCCCCGUCUUUGCUUUGGAGAUCAGAACCUCCAUUAAAAAAACCAAAAUGG